AUGGUGUACGAGGAUGGAGGAGGAGGCAAGAAUCAACAGUGGAAGCGGAAGCUGGAGCAGAAGCCGGAGUGGAAGCCGGAGCGGAAGCCGGAGCGGAAGCCGGAGCGGAAGCGGAAGCAUAAGCUGGAGCAGAACUGGACGACGAGGGCAGUCAAUAACCAUCCAAAUCGAAUUUCCACUCAAAGAUCCUCCCCCUCCCCCCAAGAAAUCCAAGAGAAAAACCAACGCCCAUUCUCCAGCCCAGCACCUACCAUCCAUCCCAGCACCCGAACCAUGUCCCGCCAUCCUCAAGGGAAAGCGGAAGCCCCCGACUCCCGAUCCCGAUCCAGACCCCGACCCAGACCCAGUCCCAGACCCUGUCCAGCAGCCAAAAAGCUAUGUAUAAUUAUCUUGCGUUUUCUUAUUAUUAAUUGAUUAAAAUCUACUUAUUAUUAUGAUAA